AUGUCCAAUCCCCUCAAGUCUUCUAACAGCGCUUCUCCCUUCAUCAAAAGAGAGCAAUUGAGAAGAGAUUUCUUGAAGUCGAGACUGCGGAAAAAUGGGACCCCAAAGCCUUUUGUCAAGAAAGAAGACCCGGACUCAUACGACGAACGCACGAGCAGGCUCUUGAAUGGUGGGGAAAAUGGAAACGGUAGUAUUUCGGGUGCUCACCCAGGAAUCAAACGGGAAAAGGCAGAUCCAAGCCAGUACAACGAGUUUCCGUUAAGAGCAGUUUCUCACGAACAUCUUGAGAAUAUAAGAACCCACAUUCUCAAGUUUCAGAGUAAGAAAAAAAUCGAGCCGGCAAAGGACUUGCACCUUCCUGUCAGACUGCACCGUAAAGACACAAGAAACCUGCAAUUCCAAUUGACAAGAGCAGAAAUCGUGCAACGGCAGAAAGAAAUCGCAGAAUACAAACGUAAAGCGGACACUGAAAGAACUAAUGGAAACGCGGGACCCAGUGGUACAGGAACGAACACUCCAGCACCCACAGAUUCGGGAGCUGUCACUUCUGCUGCCCCUUCAACUGCAGCAGCAUCGCAAACGGACACACCGGUUGGAACACCGGCUCAAACGCCUGUGCAGACGGAGGCUAAAGAGGAAGCAAAUUCUAUGGACAUAACGGAAGGUAGCAGUCAAGCCGAAAACUCGAAAAAGACGCCCGCGCCGCCUGUCACAAGGCUGGAAGAUGCUGGAGUAGCAGAUGAUCCAACCAAAGUUGGAAGAGUGAAGUAUGACGGAAAAGAAACGCCAGUAAUGGCCGAUGGCAAAGAAGAUCCGUUUGCAGACGUAGCUCCCGACGGUGGUGGUCGUUUCAAAAGGGGAAACGUCAAAAGAAAGACAAGGUCCUUGAAACUGCUGGAUGAGAACGCCAAACGGUUGAGAUUUGAAGAAUUUUACCCGUGGGUCUUGGAAGAUUUUGAUGGUCUUAACACAUGGGUGGGAUCAUACGAAGCGGGGAAUUCGGACUCUUAUGUUCUUCUCAGCGUCGAGAACGAUGGAAGUUUUACAAUGAUCCCAGCUGACAAAGUGUACAAGUUCACCGCUAGAAACAAAUAUGCUACGCUAACUAUUGAUGAAGCUGAAAAACGCAUGGAGAAAAAUGGGAAAGGCAUCCCACGUUGGCUCAUGAAGCAUUUGGACGAUAUUGGAACGACCACUACGAGAUAUGAUAGAACACAGAGAAGGCUACGAGCAGUAGAUGCUCGUCAAGGGGGCGAAGACGAUAGGGAUGAUAAUUCGGAAGUAGAACUAGAUUUUGAUGAAGAGUUUGCAGACGACGAAGAGGCUCCAAUUAUUGAUGGAGAUGAAAAGGAAAACAAAGAGUCCGAGCAAAGAAUCAAAAAAGAGAUGCUGCAAGCCAAUGCUAUGGGAUUACGAGACGAAGAUCAAGAUGAAGUUGAUGAUCUUUUCGGGGAGAAAAAGAUUGACGAUGAAGGUGAAAGAACUAUGAAAGCCCUUCAAAAAUCGGACAUGGCUGCACUGUACGAAUCAGAUGAUGAGUCGAAGCUAAACCCUUACUUGUCUGAAUCGGAGGCUGACCCAGAAGAAGAAAAGGAGAAAGAGGAAGAUCAAGACAACGGGAAGUCCAGCAGGAAGAACUCACCAAGAAAGAAGUCACCGAGAAGCUCCCUUCUGGGUCCUCGCAUACACGUUAAAAGCAUCAAAAAUUUCCAGGUAGUACUCAAGGCUGAAAAGUCUGUUUUGAAGAGUUUUCCUGAAGGAAUUUGGAAUCCUCACAUCAAAUCUGAACGCUCUAGUGCCCCAGUUGGCGAUGUCUCUUCACCUGUUGUGAAAGUGGAGGGGAGCGUCGAAGAUCCAGACUUCUUGACAGAAAAGGACAUUAUCAAUGUUGUAUCGGGCCGCAAAAUGAAUCUGAAGCAGUUGAUCAAAGAGCUAAAGGAAAAAGUAGCAAGACAUCCUUCCAACAAAGAAAGAAUGAAGCACUUGGUAAAAAAGCUCGUCAAGCUUAAAGACGGAUACCUAGAGCUGACAACAGCGGAAUCUGGUUAG